AUGACGUCCACCCCCACCGACGCGGCCUUGCAGUCACCGCUCCAAAGCGACUCCGAGUCGGCCACCCACACUCCCCACUCGGCCACCCAUCGAGCACUACCUAGACUAUCCUUACCAUAUCGCCGCUCAAAUGCUUCCGUCGCCAGCUUGUUUGCAUCCACAUCAUCCGCGCAACAUUCGCCCACCGCAUCUGGAACCUCGACACCACCUGCCGGAGUCGUCAAUGCCUCCGUCUUCUCUCCACCUGCCAUAAGACUGGCUAAUGCCCUGAAUUCGCCCACUACCGCCGCUCAACCCGACGAGGCUCGACAGCUGGUCUUGCGCGCCUUUGCUCCUCGCGUCUCCGUCCUCGCAUCCGAUGAUUGUCAAGAGUUGUUGCGCCACAAGGGCAUACACGGCGGUCUCCUCGAAUUGCUGCGCCCCUUCGGAGAAACUGUAGGAGGGAGGGUCGUUGUCAGAGAUAGCACUGGUGCCAGCAGACCAUGGGACGACUUUGGAAUCAGAUUCACUGGCGUUUCCGACGGCCUUGAGCCCCCGAGAUUGGAUGCUAGCCCAUCCGACCUGCCCGAAUACCGUCCUGCGCGCUUACGUACCGGAGGAGACGUCGAACAGAUUGAUGAACUCGUCGCCCGCCACCUCCAACAUGCCCAGGAUCAGCCAACUGCCCAAGACUAUUUCUCUGCUCCCGAAACAAAACGACAUCCAUCACAACUCACCCCAUUUUAUACCCUUUACCUCCGCAGGCUUCUCUCCGGAAUCCCCGUAACACCACACGAAACCUUCUCUCAUCCAGUCGCCCUUGUAAUAGCAAUCAGCUCUCGCAAUCCAGCCCCCAUAGACGAACUCCGCACUCUUUAUACCAGUUCCAACACCGGCCAGCAUAAACCACCGCCAUGGGUUAACAACGAGUUUCUACGAUAUUAUGUCCUCAUUCAUGACGAAGACCACGACGACAUUACAAAGUCCACCGCCUUGUAUGAACAGAUGAAGCGUCAUUUUGGUUUACACUGCCACUUGCUGCGUUUACGAAGUAACGAGUGCCUUCCUUCAGACGACGACAGCAUGCGAUUACCCACUUGCGAGUGGCUUUCUGCCGGGGAGGAGUUGGGCGAGAUAGCCAAUAGAGAAAGCUCCGAGGUUGACGACGACCCUACACCAUACAUAUUCGAAUCCGAUGCCGCCGCAAUCCGUGCUUUUGUUCGUGAAAUGGUCACUCAAUCAGUAGUGCCAGGCAUGGAACGCCUAUCCGCAUUAUGGAACAACGAAGUAGCAUCACGACGACGAGGCAUCGCUGGAAAACUCGGCCUGGUAUCCAAACGCUUCACCUUUGGUUUCUCCUCGCGGGGCUCCUCGACUGGUAUCGGCGGCUCCAACAGCAACUACGACGCCCUCCAAGGCUUCUACAAACCCGACACCCCAGAAGCCGUAUUGCGCAAACUCGCUGAUUAUGCAUUCAUGCUGCGCGACUUUAAGCUUGCGCAGAGUACUUAUGAUCUCCUCUGUACAGACUACAAAAACGACAAGGCGUGGAAACACUACGCGGGCGCUAAUGAAAUGGCUGCGCUUACGGCUUUACUGGCUGCACCCGUCGUGUCCUCACGCGUCCGUGUUGACUCGCUCGAUCAAUUGCUGGAAACGGCGUAUUACUCCUACCUCACGCGUUGCUCAGCACCCUACUCUGCUUUACGCACUUUGAUCAUCGGCACAGAACUGUUGCAAUUACGUGGGGGCUCGGCUCUAGACGACUCUGCGCGCUGGGCAACGCGCAUCCUCGAAGACAGAUUAGUGGGAGCCACAGGGCACGCACUGUUACUCGAACGCAUUGCAUCCUGCUAUUCGUCUCGUCGCGGCCACGGAGCCCUGCAAUCAGGCUCCCGACAACGAAAAGCGGCAUUCUACCACAUCCUAGCCGCAGAAGCGUGGUUGAAAUUGCAAAAGCAGAGGCAGAGUGAGCAGAAUCUUGCGUUGGCUAUGCAGAUCUACAAUGCUGUUUCUCCCUCUGCCACUGUCUCUAUAACUCAAGGCACUCUCUCAUCCUUCGAGCAUAUGCAAGCUUUCCUCGUGGAUCUCAAGCAAGCAGUUACGGAAAGCAGGCCUGCGACUGCCGAUGCCGAUGAGUCGAAAGUAGAAGAGUCGGCAGAUGUGGAAGCCAUUCAAGAACAACCAUCCAGUGGCCAACGCAGUCAUGCUAGAAGUUUCAGUUCUGCUGUUGCAACUGAUGCUUCUUCUGCUGCUGCACCACAGGCUUUGGAUCCAUUGGGUGUGUUGGCGCCAAGUAGUCCCACGCUUGAAGAGCGACCGGAUCCUAAAAACGAUGGAUUUGAGUAG